CCUCCUCCUCCUCCUCCUCCUCCCCGGGGUCUUACGACGUCGUGGCGAAAAGGAGGCGGUGCCUCGGAGAGCUCUGGGGGGGCAGGUUCCCGGCGCGGACUUCGUCAAGGUCUGCGGCUUCGGGAUGGUGGGUUUGACCCUGCUCGUGUACGUACAGGGGUCGCUCAGACCGUAUCUCGGGGGCGUCGACUGCGACAGGGUCAAGACAGGCAUGGACGGCAUGAGCGGGAACAAGGGCUGCGUCUGCGUCCGGAUGCUGCUUGGCUCGCUCUCCCUCUGCUUCAUCAACGUGCACCUGGCCUCGGGCCAGACGGCCUGCGCCGAGAGGAGCGAGCACCUCUGGCAGAUCCUUUCGGACGCCUUCCAGGGCACCUCCAUCCGAGGGAGGGGCAAGCUCCGGGCGCCGAAGAUGGGCUUCCUGCGCCAGUCGAGGUACUUCGCCUGCGACCACGGCCUGCUCGUCCUCUUCGGCGACAUGAACAUCCGCCUGGAGCUGCUGCCCGAGGAGCAGAGGCCCCCUGGCGGGCCCGAGGCCUGGCUGGACCGGGACCAGCUCAGCCUGGGCAAGCUGCCCAGCCUCAGGGGCUUCCGCGAGGGAGACAUCAGAUUCGCGCCGACCUUCAAGUAUGUCCCCGGCUCCAGCACCUUCAGCGACAAGCGCUGCCCAGCGUGGACCGACAGGGUCGUCUUCAAGGCCGCCAGCGGGGUGGACGUGGAGCUGCUGGAGUACGACUCGUUCCCGCAGAUGAUGCACACCAGCGACCACCACGCCAUCGCGGCGCAGUUCUUCGUGGCGGGGGCAGGCAGCGUCGAGUCGGGCCUGCCCCCCUCCAGUAGGCAUAUGCAAAAACAGUCAAAAAAACAGCGCGGUGACGAUUUUGCAUUUUUACACACACACACAUAUAGAUAUAUAUAUAUAUAUAUACAUAUAUAUGUAUCUGUAUGUAUAUAUAUAUAUAUAUAUAUAUAUGGCGCCGCCUCGGAGGAGCAAAUCGGCCGAAUGGAGGAGGAGGAGGAGGAGGAGGAGGAGGAGAAGGAGGGGGGGAGGAGGAGAGGAGGAGGCACACAUACACAUAUAUCUAUAUACAUAUAUAUAGAUAUAGAUAUACAGAUUCCCUUUUCUAUAUUUGUAUAA